GGCAGCAAAAAUAGUACGCGUUUCUGACGCAGAUGUUACAUAUGCCAAUGUGGGGCAAAUCAUCUGCUGUUUUUACAUCUUGGUUUUUACAUAGGUACCUUGGGUUUUUUUAAUUAUUUAUCAUCUCUCGAUUUCUCCGUGCUUCUGGAAGUAGUCCUUGGUGGGCUCAACACUCAUUUGAAGCAGUUGUGUCAGGUCAGCAGAAUGGCGAAAACAAAGAAGCGAGCGCAGUCGCGCAUUAAGUCGAAGCCUAGCGGCUUCAACCCCGCGGGCCACAGUAUGAACCCGGACCGUGAGCAAGGCAAGGUGGAUCUGCGCGGAGCGCCAUUCGCGCGAGACCGCUCCACAAUCAAACGGUUGCAGAUGUACCGCAACCAGAAGGCCAAGCGCGACAAGCACGGCAAGAUCCUGCGGCCGAUGCCGUUCCAGUCGAAGCUGUCGCCGGGCUCGGUGGCCCGCGUCGAGCCCAACCAGCGCUGGUUCGGGAACACCAAGGUCAUCUCGCAGAACGCCCUGCAGCGCUUCCAGGAGGAGCUGGGUGCGGCUCAGAAGGACCCUUACCAGGUGGUGAUGAAGCAGAACAAGCUGCCCGUCACGCUGCUGUCGGAGCGCGCCAAGACGCAGCGCGUCCAUCUCCUCGACACGGAGAGCUUCGACAGCGUGUUUGGCCCGAAGCGGACGCGGAAGAGACCCAAGGUGCCGACCGGUGACCUGGAGAGCUACGCUCAGCGGGUGGCCGACACCCAGGAGAAGUACGAGCCAGAGAAGGACCGCGACCUUGUGCGAGACGCGCCCGACGUGCGCGAGGGCCAGCGCGACUGGGUGAUGGCGGCCGGACAGAGCAAACGCAUCUGGAACGAGCUCUACAAGGUGAUCGACUCGUCUGACGUGGUGGUUCAGGUUCUGGACGCCCGAGAUCCGAUGGGCACGCGCUCCGAGUAUGUCGAGAAGUACCUCAAGAAGGAGAAGGCACACAAGCACCUUAUAUUCGUGCUGAACAAGGUGGAUCUGGUGCCGACGUGGGUGACGCAGAAGUGGGUGGCUCUCCUGAGUCAGGAGUACCCGACCAUGGCGUUCCACGCGUCACUCACCAACUCGUUCGGCAAAGGUGCGCUGAUCAACCUGCUGCGUCAGUUUGGCAAACUCCACUCAGACAAGAAGCAGAUCAGUGUCGGAUUCAUCGGAUAUCCGAACGUCGGUAAGAGCUCCGUCAUCAACACCAUCAAGACGAAGAAGGUGUGCAAGGUGGCGCCGAUCGCCGGCGAGACCAAGGUGUGGCAGUACAUCGCGCUGAUGAAGCGGAUCUACCUGAUCGACUGUCCCGGAGUGGUGUACCCCUCGGGAGAGACAGACACGGAGAAGGUACUUAAGGGCGUGGUUCGCGUGGAGCUCAUCAGCAGCCCCGAGGACUACGUGCCGGCCGUGCUGGAGCGUGUGCGGCCCGAGUACAUGCGGCGCACGUACGGCGUCGGCUCGUGGACGGACUGUGAGGACUUCCUCGAGCGGAUCGCCAAGCGCACUGGCAAGCUGCUCAAAGGCGGCGGUCCGGACGUCAACACGGUCUCCAAGCAGAUCCUCAACGACUUCCAGCGGGGCCGCAUCCCGUACUUCGUCCCGCCGCCGGGCUGCGGCACCGCCAAACAGGCCGACGAAGCGGCCGCCGCUGCUUCUGAGACCGCAGAAUCAGCAGCGGCAGGUUCCAGCGAGCCGCAGCCGGGCAGCAGUGACGCCGCUGCGGCCGACGAGGGAGCUGACGAGUCGGAGGGCGGCGCGGUCACGACCGGCGCGAUCACAGCCGUCAGCCAGGACCUGAGUCGCGUGAGGACCGACCUGGAGUUCGAGGGCGACGACGACCAGCCGCUGCAGCAGGAGGGCGAGCUGUACGUCUCAGACGGCGAGCAGGAUGAGGACGAGAGCGACGCCGACGACGAGACGAUGCAGGUCGAGACGCGCCCGGCCGCCGACGCCACGCCGAAGAACAAGAGGAAGGCGGCGGGGAAGAAGAGGAAGCUGGAGGAUGACGAUGGGGAGGAAGGCAAAAAGCAAAAGAAGACGGCGAAGCAGAGACGGAAGGAGGAGAGGGAUAAGAAGACAAAGAAGAUCGGAUCGAACUUCUAUGACGUGGUGAAUGUGAAGAACAAGAACAGGAAUCGAAUAAAACCGAAGUCGCCUAAUGUUACUCCAGGGAAGCGGAAUCAGGGUAAAACACAGGGCAAGAAGGGAAAACGGACCCCAUGAGGCCAGCUACUGCUGGUGGACUGUUAAACAUAAAAUUGUGUACUUUUCUUACGUGCGCCUUGGGAUGAGUGGAGGUUGAACCUAUGGAGUGUGAUGGCAACUUGUUUUGCUGUUAUAUGAUGCCCGUGUGGUGACAGGCAUCUUGAUUCUUGAUGUUGAGUGAGCGGUCUGCUACUCUAUGGAGGAUGCCACAAUGUUCAUUUUUCGGCGGUUUCCCAACACGUGGGUGCGUGUUUUUACUGAAUCGCUGCCGGGUUCUCCCGAUUUCGUCUUAGGCGCUGGUGUGCGAAAUAUUUGUCCCUGCUCCGUAUAGGUAGGCACCCAGUCCGAGGCACAGACUGGCCAACGUGAACAUGAAUUGGUACGUGCCUUUAUCCGCUGCAGACACAUUGUGGGUCAUGUUUCGUGUAAUGAAUGAAUAUAUGAAUAGAAGUUCCCCA